AGGCAUAUGGCCACACACUCUCCACAGAAGACCCAUCAGUGUUCGUUCUGUGAAAAAAUGUUCCACCGCAAAGACCACCUGAAGAACCACCUGCAGACCCAUGACCCCAACAAGGAGGCCUUCAAGUGUGUGGAGUGUGGGAAGCACUACAACACCAAGCUGGGGUACAAGCGCCAUGUGGCCAUGCACUCUGCCACAGCGGGGGAUCUCACCUGUAAAGUGUGCAUGCAGAGCUACGAGAGCACCCCCAUUCUGUUGGAGCACCUCAAAAGCCACUCCGGGAAAUCUUCAGGCGGCACCAAGGAGAAGAAGCACCCGUGUGAUCACUGUGACCGUCGCUUCUACACCCGGAAGGACGUGAGACGGCACAUGGUGGUGCACACGGGCCGAAAAGACUUCCUGUGCCAGUACUGUGCCCAGCGCUUCGGCAGGAAGGACCACCUGACCCGACAUGUGAAGAAGAGCCACUCUCAGGAGCUGCUGAGGAUCAAGACGGAGCCCCCUGACAUGUUGGGUCUUUUAGCCUCUGGGUCUCCACCCUGCUCUGUGAAGGAGGAGCUCAGCCCCAUGAUGUGCGGCAUGGGGCCCAACAAAGACCCCAUGAUGGGCAAACCGUUCUCCGGUGGGGCCCCUUUUUCAAUGGGCAUGUACAACCCCCACCAUCUCCAGACCAUGUCUAAUACUGGGGGGGGUCACCCUCACCCGUCCCUGAUGCCCAGUCCGUUGUCUGCAGCUAUGGGCAUGGGGUGUCACAUGGAAACCCCUGGACCUCUUCACCCACACUCCCACCACCACCACCAUCACCACCACCACCACCACCACCACCAUUCCCCCCCGCUGCCCACACACCACCAGUCUCCGGGUCCCCAGCAAGCCCACAAAUACCAGCUGGGAUCUACCUCAUACCUGCUGGACAAGCCCUUGAAAGUGGAGAUGGAGAGCUUCCUCAUGGACCUGCAGAGCGGCUCUCCGGGCCCGCUCCACUCUGCAGACCCUCACUCUGCUGCCUCACCCCCCAAGGAUGGCCUGGAGCCCACCUCCGGCCUGGUGGACGAGCUCUGCGGGGACCACCUCCUGUCCAAGAGCCCAGCGGUGCUCGCUGAGUCUCUGUGUGCUGCUAACAUGGACUUCUCCCACCUGCUGGGGUUCCUGCCCCUCAACCUGCCUCCCUACAACGCCCCCAUGAGCACGGGAGGGCUGGUGAUGGGCUACACCUCAUCCGCGACCCCCUCGUCUUCCUCCUCCUCUUCCUCAUCUCUGCACGCUGCCGAGCCCCACGGUGCAGCUGUCGCCACGGCACCUUUUACCUCUUUGCAACCGCAACCUCAGGAGCACCAGAGCUCCGGUGGGGUUCUGGGCCUCGGACCCCUGCACCACCUCCCACCGGUGUUCAGCUCCAGCUUUAGCAACACCACACUGCCUCGCUUCCACCAGGCCUUCCAGUGAGAGGCGGUGGAUAUAUCUGGGGCUGUGGUUUGUUUUAAAGAAGUUGGAGAAUCAUAAUAAAUGAAACACGGAUGAACACUUAGAAGCCUUAAAUGAAAGUGCACAAAAGCUUUUGAUUGAGCCUUAAAAGGAAGUCAAACCUCAAAGGAGAAGGUGAGAAAAGAAGUUGAAGCAGCUUUUAUUUAGGCNCCCCCCCCCCCCUACCCUAUCCUAUAGUUAUAACCAUGUAUUAAACCAUCCUUUUUAUUUCGAUUUACUUCCCUUUUUAUCCCCCUCCCAUCCCCUAUUUAGUAGUAUAGAGGGCAGGGUCAUCAGUAGGCCAAAAGGCGUGGUUCUGCAUACUUUAGGUAAUAAUAUAACAAAACAAAAAUGAAGAUAAUUUUUUAGUGAAAAUUGUCUGUCUUGUUGUGACCCAGAAAAAAAUAUAGUUUGAAGUGGAUAUUUUGUUUUACUUUAUUUUUCUUUUCCAAAUGUAAGAAAAUGGUAGAAUGUGUCUCAUCUUGAGUUUUGAACCUCCCGCUCUAAUAACCUAAACGUCAUGAACAGUGCAGAGAGCCCCCCUCUCUCCCAGUGAAGGAAUGGAGAGAUUUAGACAUUUAAACAAUGAUUGAACUUAAACUUUAAAAUCCUCCUCCAGACAGCCUGAGUAGAGCCACAAACCCCUUCUGCUUCGAAGAAAGUGCUCUUCAAACCAUGACAUGAUCCCCUAUGAUUGACUUUUACCUGUCACUUAUGCGCUCCUAGAGUCCAGUCAGUUUAAAUGAAAAUAGGUCACUAAAAUGAACUAUUAACUAUUAUCCUAUUAACUCGGUCACACACAUUUUUAAGAAAAAACAAAGAAAGAAUCGUGAGUAAAAGUGUGUGUUGAAAACGAUGUAAUAUCAUGCUGGCUUUUUUACUGUUCCUCAAGAGAAGCACUUUUCUUUAAAGCAGAAGGCACUUGACCAUUAGGAAUCUCCUUCCUCGUGACUUCCGGAGGUUUCCACAGACGUUCUCCUCACUCUCCUUCCUUCACCUGUCUCCAUCUAACAGUUAUCUAUAAAAGCUCCAAUGAGAAUAAUGCAUAUCGAUAACUUGGCUGCCCAACAUACCUACAAAUAUAUUUUUGGAACAAACACGUCUUUAGGCAGUCUUUCAAAAAGCUGCAUCAUCAAUAAUGAUCAUCAAUAAUCAUUCAUAAUGAUGAACCCUGACAUAUGUGAAUGGCAAAACAACAAGAGAACUUCAGUGACAGAUGAGUCAAAAUGUGUUAAAGAAUGUUAUUGCAGUGUACGAAAUAUAUCUCAAAAAUGAAUAUUAUUAUUGCUUUUAUCUCAGUAAGGUGUAUUUUAGGUAGACAUAUUAAAACUAAGUGAUGAUGUUUUUGAUGUCUGGCAGGUUUGCAUUUGUGUGUAUCUUGCGUUUGUUUUUAUCAAAUGGAUGAAGUAUUAGCUUUUUCCCUUAAGCUUUCUCUGUCAUAUCCAACCUUUACCUUUACAUGUACUUGAGUUAGUGUAGUGGAAUCAGAACGAGUCUUCUAUAAAAGGCUGUUAGUGGCUGAAUAAUCAACUAGUAUUUGAGUUGGAUAGAUUGUUGGGAUGCUCACAUGGUCGGCCUCUGGAGGUCUCAUCCAGUGGAAUAUGUAACUGUGCUGUGGUGAGUCCCACUGCGAUCCCAGUGGAUUCACUGGGAGUUUAAAUCCUCACCAACCAAUCAUCUUCAGCCUAUAAAAACCUGAGCCCAAUGUUAACGUUCUGUCUGUGACAAACUGAAAGAACUGAAACGUUAACUUUAAUUAAAUGUAAUAUGUCAACAGAUUAUUAGUAUUAGGUUAGAUGAAAGCAAUAAUAUUAAGUUGAACCAAUUUUAUUUUAUUUAAAGUUAAUAUUAUUGCUUUCAGCUAACCUAGUACAGUUUUGUGAAAUCUGUUGACAUAACACAAUUAAAGUAAACGGUUCAGUUUUUCCAGUGAACAGCUCCAUCUGGGACACUCCCUUUAGUGUCUUUGCAGGCAUACAAAAGGCCCCUUCGCUCACUCUGCCUUCAGCAGUCGUCACGCCACAGGCCCCGAUCGCCAUUAAAUGUUAAACAAAGAAAAACAGGAAAACACAGCACAUAAAAAUGAAAAAUAAAACACAUUGCUGCUUUUAGCUACGGUUGCUGAUGGACGACAACAGUAGACCACUAGAACAUUUCAAUUUUUUUUUUUUUGCAAGAGGGACAGCGAGCUGAAAACAUGCACAAACAGAACCGACAAAGUGUUCAUCAUCCCCGGAACCCUAUCCCCCCCUAACCCCCCCCUAUACUCGCCUCCUCUCUCGCUGCUUUGUAGAGUCAAAGGUAAAGGGUCUGAGAAGGCGAUACAUCCAGAGGAACGCAGUCACCGAAAUUCCCAGGCUUUGACAUUCAAAGUGCGGGGGUGGGGACAUGACUGACUGGCAACCUGGGUUAUUGCUCGUAGUCAUAUAUUUGUUUUGUUUGUUGUCAUAUGAUAUAUUAUUUUCUGUUUGUUUAAAACAGGACCUCGAAAAACAACACAACACAUCACCUCAUUUUUAUUUGUUUUAUUUUUUCUUACCAAAACCUGGGGAGAAGAAACUACAUUUUUGCAGUUACAAAAAUGCUACAAGAUGUUUUUAUACUGUAGGAUAUGAACCCCCCGACCAUGAACCUUAUCUCUAAAAUUAUACAUUUUAUAAUCCAAGUUCUGAACUACCGGUAAUCUGAAUUUCACUCAUAUUUGUCUCCCCCCUGGAAAGUCACUAUUUUGAUCAUGACUUGUAAGAUGAUUAAAACUGUGUAUUGAUUCUAAAUAAAUUAGCUAACGUCACCUUUAUGAGAAUUUACAUGAUGUAGCAUAUACGUAUAUAAAAAGGCAAGAUUUAAAUUUAAAUUGUUAUCAAUUCAAAAAAGGUGUUUUUUAAGAAAAAACAUCUUAGAUUAGCCACAUUUGUAGCAAUCAAAUUGAGCAUUUAUACUUUUUUCCCAAAUAUGAAAUAAAUCCUAAAAAAUGUAAAUGAAAGAAAAGCAUUUGGCAUGUAUUACGUUUGUCCUCCCUGGGUUUUUGUGAGCUAAUCUGAAUUCUAGCACUUUCAACCUUUAAAAAAAGAGUAUUUUUUCUUUUAAAAUUCAGCUUAUAUGUUCAUGUGUUUUUACUAUUGUAUUGAUCCUGUAUAUGUAUGUGCCAUUAGUUUGAUGUGUAGACUUUAUCAACCUUUGUGUAUUUCUCUUCUCCAAAAGAAUAACAGUAUUUUUGAUAGAACUUUCACUAAUAUCCUUUUAAAUAAGAGCCCCUCUCCUUUGAAAUCUUUCUUUUUGUUUUGGGGUAACCAGCUUUGGUUUCUCUCUCAUAAAUGUCUAAUCAAACUCUACAGCCAAGUGUAUGAAAAGAACAGCCACACCAUUUCUGAGUGGGGGGGAAACCAGACUGUUGUCAGUCAAAUGUCAAAGCCACAGCCUGACCACAGCCUGCCUUUAAACGCUGUUGCAACAGAACCCAUCUGCACGCCACUUUUAGACAGUGUAACUGAACGAAAUCCAGACAUGAAUAACCCCAAACUUAGCACUUUAAGCCUUGGUCACUGAGCUGUUGUCCUGCCAAAAGGAACAACUCCAGCUCAAAAUGAAUCAUGUGUGUGCCUUUAAAUUAAUGGAACUAAACAUACUUGUAGAUAUUUUAAGACAACAGUGAAAAACGUAGAAAACGUAUAGUCAGGCUGUGAAACACAGAUAUCAUUGUCCCACCUGAGCUCAUUAGGGACGCCUGUCACAAGAGUGAUUCAACCAGGACUGGGUGAAUUGAAUCAUUAAAAGAUCCUUCUAGUAAAAACAAACAAAAGAAAGACAGGCCCUGUUUAAGGAAUCGAUCUGUAUGGAAGUCCAUUUCUGCCAAAUAAAGUUAAAUCACUACGCAAAGUUACGUGAGAUCAAAAACGAUUAAUUAUGCUUGAUCACAAUAAUCCACCAUCAUAAUUAAGACUUUGUAAGUGAAGAUGUUUACUAUCUGGUAAACUUUUUUAAAUAACCUCAAACAAUUACUUUUUCUUUCAACCAUUUAAGGGAACAUUGAACAAAUAUCCUAGUAAAACCUUUUUUCACUUCUUUUUAAGCCUUAAUGUAAUUUUGAGUUAUCAUUUUAACUUCUAUUUCCUUACAACUACUACAUAAUGUGCAUACAUACAAGAUUAUUACUUGACUCAGUUAUUUGAAAUGCAAUUUACUCUACAUUAUAAUGUCAUAACUUUGUCAUAAUUGUGACUUUUAUCUUAGUAUUGAGUAUAUCUCAUAUUUUAACUUACCGUCAUUAUUUCUUUAGUAGUAGUCUUGAUCUUUUUUUUUAAUCUUUUUCUGGCAGAUCUUGGCUUCCAUAAUGUUAGCUGACACUGAGAGGAGAUUCCAAAUGAGCACGACUUUAUAUAUAUGUGUGUAUAUUGUGUAUGCAUGACCCUCCCCUGACUCAGAGAUGUGUUCCUGUUCCUUGGCUUGGCUGUAGCUCCAUUACCUCGAUCUGCACCUACUAGGGAUGCACUUAUCCUCAUCUUUCCUCUUUACUACUAGGUGCAGAACACAAACAUUUUAAGGGAAUUUGUUCAUCAGUAUAACUGAUUUGACUUAAUAAUGCUUGUCCUUUAUCUCCCUCUCUUUUUUUUUUGCUUUUAGUAAGGAACUGGGUACUGUCUGAUGCAGGCGACAUCCACGUGUAGUUUUAUAUAUUUCUAGCUUAUUGUAAGUCUUGCAUUCCAACCUCUUUGUGUAUCUCGUUUAGUGACAUAGCCCAUUUUAUUUGUUUCACUUGCUAUAACAGCCACCUCUGGAAUAAAAAGGGUGAAAAAAGGUGAACGAAAAUAGAAUAUUUGCAUUCACUUACACUAUUUUCUAUAGCAUGGAGUUUAUCAACUACAGGGAGAAUUAUAUAAAGGAUGUGCUUCGGAGAAAGAAAGAAAAUGAGAAGUCUUUGCUUUUUUUGUUACAUAUCUCACAUGCAAUCAGUUGCUGCAAUUUAGAAGUGACAGAUUUGUAUAUUGGUUGAUCCAAAGAGAUGAUGAACACAACAGAACUAUUUACUUAUUGUACAGUACAGUGUAUCUUUGACUUGUCAUGUGUUAUGUUGAAAUGAUUAAAAGACAAACCAGCCGUUU